UGAACCCGAACUUGUCUGAGGCCCGCGAAAUCCACCCAGAACUCGCACCGUCUCUUUACCAGAACCGAAGCCCGCAAAACAGUCUGUAAUAAGAGCAACAUCGUUACUGCUGCUGCUACGUUGCGGCCAGGGGCCACCAGGUUCAUAUUUUGUCUAACCUUUUAUUGCGCUGCAACCCCUUCUGGUCCUCACCUUUUGGGUCCCCGUCCUCGCGAGAAUCCACUGAAGAACAGGAGCGGGAAGCGUCUCCACGUGGCUAUCGACCUCCUUCGCACCUCAGAUUCCUUCUCUCAUCCCUCUGCUCUGAUGAUUUACGAGAUUGCCCGACAACGCUACUGCACCUAAUCCAGGAGCACUGCCUGUCCGGGCAUCUCUUCAUGACCAAACACGACCGAUCCUUCGCCAGCACCGAGGUGACCAAAGCGACCGCCGAAAACCUCUACGAGCUGGGACUCCUCAACCGUCCUGAUUUCAGGUCCUCGUCCAGCACGAAAAGUUCCAAGACGGCGCAGUGUAAGACCUUCCUGAACAAAGAUUUUGAUUCCUGCGCUUUAGAUUCAAGACUGUUUCGGCACGGACCAAGAUCACAUACUGACACAUGGUUUUACAUGUCGCAGACCAUCACCACCCGCGAGCCCGGUUUGACGGCUACCCUCCUCGCGCGGGCUCUUCAUUGAGCGGUGCGACUCUUAAUACGAACUUCAAGCAGUCCAGCAUCUCUUCCGGCACCUUGGGCAGACCACACACGCCCAACGAAAGUCGCCCUCGCACCAGAGAUCAACGACCUCCUGCUUCGCCGGCCACAAGUGUUCCCGGGGCCGGACAUCCCAUGGCCGGCAUGCUUGACUCCGACCGCGCACGCUCGAGACGAGAGAGGACGUUCGUUGGCGGGGAAUGUGCGGCUUGUGAGGAGUUGUUGGAACACACAUUGAGAGGAGAGAGGGUUCUGCAGUUUUCAUGCGGCCAUGUGGCUCAUGAGGCUUGUUUCUAUGAAUACAUCAAAGACUCGGACGCGCAAUACUGCCCGACAUGCGACGCUCCGCUGGGCUUGGAUUCCUUUCGUGGUGGCAGUAUACUGGAUCUGAGCAAGUUGAGCAACAUGGUCCGAGCUGUCGCACAAAAGGACUCAGGGUCGCCAAGAAGCUCUCAGAAUACUCCCAUGCCUUGGGACAGGCAAACAACCCAGGAAGACACAUUCAGCACUCGAGAAGUUCCCAACCGACAUAGCCGUGAAAAUUCGAAUCGAGAUAGUCGAGACAGCCAGAGAAUGCGGAUAGAGCGCUUGGGUAUUGGUCAGGCACAAGGACAGGCACAAGGACAGGCACAAGGACAAGCACACGCUCACGGACAAGGACAGGGACGCUCAACCAGCACUGCAGCUCCAAGCCACACACGCAACGACAGUGGCGGCAAUGCCUCGUCGACAGACUUCGCCAAUGAUCCUGUCACUCACUCGCGAAAGCAUGAUUACGACCUUCACGCCAUGGAAACCACCGUCUCAAAUUCGCAACUGAAAGACACGAAGCAGACGAUACCCUCCCCAAUCGUUACCGUCCGUAGCGAAUACCCUACCCUGACCAGAUCCCGACAACAGCAGAGUCUUACCUGCUUGGUGACAAUUGAGGUACCCGAGAUCAAAUGGCAAUCACAACUCGAUGAAGCACAGACACCUCCUGUCCCUCCCAUUCCGACAGACUCUGGAAUCAGCAUUCCUGGGAGACAAAAGUCGGAACCUCAACCGGGGCCUUUGGUCUACGAGUCUCCUGAAGUGCUAGACGAGAUCACCGAAGAACUCCGUAUCCGUGUAGACAAUUGGCACGGUCUGGAGUUUCAGCGAUUUGGAAAUUUGCGCCUGCACGGCGUGAUACGCGUCGGAAAAGAUCGACAUUCGUGGCAGGAGCUAGAAUGCUACCUGUUCGGAGAAAUGUUGAUUUGUGUCAAGGAGAAAAAGAACGCCCAUCCUCCGGUGAUCCUCGGAUCGGGUCAGAAGUUGACGCGUUGCACGCUGAAAGGUUCGAUCCUGAUCAAGAAGCACCUGAGGCAGGUGCAUGCUUCCUUGGAGGAGAACAUCCUCACUCUGAACUUGUCCGUCGCGGAGCUGCCGACUUUUCACCUCCUGUUCCAGGAGAGAGAGAAACUCGAACUGUGGCAACGAGCUCUUCGGGAUCUGCGAUCGUCGGACAGCUUCUCACAUUAUCAACCCGAUUACGAGCAGGAUACUUCCGGUACCGAUGAAGAAGAAUAUGGUCGACAAAAUCGAACCGUCCGACGCGUGCCAUCCGUCGCAUCGUCGUAUGGGGCGCCAAAGUCUGCAACGACUGCAGCCACCGAGUAUUCGAUGCACCGCCCAGUUGUCGAUCGAAAGAUCCCUCCUUCCCUACAUGUUCCCAUCGAUGUGGUGGUCGUGAUCCCUGUGUCUUCUUCGAUGCAAGGUUUGAAGAUAUCAUUACUGAAAGAUAGUUUGCGGUUUCUGGUCGCUAAUCUGGGCGAGCGAGAUCGAAUGGGCUUGGUGACGUUCGGAUCCAGUGGUGGAGGGGUGCCUGUGGUUGGAAUGACCACCAAGACCUGGCAAGGUUGGAACAAAGUCCUCAACUCAAUACGACCGGUGGGACAAAAGAGCCUGCGUGCAGACGUGGUCGAGGGUGCGAACGUGGCCAUGGACCUCUUGAUGCAGCGGAAGGCUGCGAACCCGAUCUCGACCAUACUCCUGAUCAGUGACUCUUCAAGCUCCGACAGCGACAGUGUCGAUUUCGUUGUUCAAAGAGCUGAAGCUGCCAAGGUCGGCAUCUACUCUUUUGGUCUCGGCCUCACCCACAAACCUGAAAGCAUGAUCGAGCUGUCAACUCGCACCAAAGCGUCAUACCUCUAUGUCAAGGACUGGAUGAUGCUGCGUGAGUGCGCUGCGGGUGUUCUAGGCGCUCUCCAGUCCAUGUCACAUCAGAACGUGAAGCUGAAGCUGAAAUUACCUGAAGGCUCGCCCGCCAAGUUUGUCAAGAUCCAAGGCGCCCUGCAAACCACCAAGAGAGCUACUGGAAGAGACGCCGAAGCUACGUUGGGAGAUCUUCACUUUGGAGACAAACGGGAUAUCCUGGUACAAUUGGCCAUUGACCCGGAUAUUUCGUCGCAGGAACCUGCACCCCAGGAUCCAUGGGAGUCAAUCGUGUCUGGCCUCGAAGCCUUGGGUGGGUCUCUCGACAAUGAAGACCAGCGUGUCCAAAGUGUCGAGGAGCUGCCACUUCUUCAAGCCGAUCUCUCCUAUGGUGACCUUCUCAGAGAGGGCUCUAUCAUGCAGCUACCUCGACCAUCCUUGUUGGCCAUCACCAUGCUGCCGGCCAAUCCGCGUUCUCGUUCGAGCGGCGGCCGACCGUCCUCACCCCCUAUUCCACCUCACCCGAUGAUUGUUCAGCGACGCAUGGAAUUGUUGACUUCCGAUAUGCUCAGUCGCGCGCUCACGCUGGUUUCUCGUGGACAACAUGAGCGCGCAGCUCACCUCUUGAACGAAACCAGAACCAUCCUGAAGGGCCUCGGCAAAGGAGGCCUCCCUCCUCUCCCCACUGGCGCCCCGGGCAACAAGAGGCAUACACCACCUGCCAAGAGUAGCAGCCCCAGGAGUGAAACACCCGAUCGCCAGCGCGAUCAAAGCCCUCACUCGGACGCCAGCACGCCCAUCCCGCGGACGACGGGCGUGGACCACGCGACUAUGAACGCUCUCGACGCCGACAUUGAAUCGAGCCUGGAAUGGAUCAACCACCCCGCAGUUUUCUCACGCGACUCUCGCAAAGCCGUGCUCCAGGCUAUCGGCGUCAUCUCCUCGCAACGAGCUUACACCUUCCGGUCGGCGUCCGAGUCCAUCUGGGCGGAGCGAGUGUCCGGGGUCAAACGACUGACUGACUACUCGCGAGAAUGGCGAGAGGUGGCCGACGAUGCGUUGACCGAGGAGUAAUGAAUCUUGACGAUACGAGUUUUAUGUUGUACAGACUUUGUUCCAUAUUCUGUGAGUUUUGAUGUCUAGUUAUUUGUUGUCACAGUCUCGAUGUUUAUGUCCGGCGUGGAACCUUUCAUGUGAAGAUUCGGGAGGCAUCGAGUCGCAACUAUGGAGAAAAAUUCCUGAGCGGCUUGUACCGCUUCGCUGCCCUUUGUUUUUUUCUUGGAGCAGAAUACCCCUUCUUGCUGUGGCGGAGAAGCAACUCCUUCUACGAUGGGUUGUUAUCGGUGGACCAGCAGAUCAGCGACUUAUUCAGAUAGACUACUAUAUAUGCUCGUGCAUAGUAUUGCGAUGGCCUGAAUAGAUGGCUUGAUAAUUCAUUUCAGAGGACUGUUGAGAAG